AUGUAUAAUGUAGAGGAUAUUGAUAUUAGAGAUUGGAGUGUUGAAGAUUUUGCCUAUUGGUUAUUACAGAAAAAUUACAAAAAGAAAAUCAUCAAAGUAUUGAAAAAGGAAAAGUGGAAUGGUGACUCUUUAAUGGAAUUGAAACAAGAAGGAGAUUUACAAUCUAAAAUUCCUUCAGGUGUUGCCAAAUCAAUAUUUGCUGAUAUUCAAUUAUUAAAAACAAAACAAGCUGAGGAAAGUCAAAAGAAAACGGAGAAAUUAACACCAGACGAAAUACGGAAAUCUCGAUCAUUUAAACCUGUUAAUAUUGUAGAUGAUGAAACUGAACAUGUCGGAUCUGUUCUCAGUACAACAAGUUCUAUAAGAUCUAGGGAAGGAUCAAUGAUUAAAGCAGCAACUCCUAUUCCUGUUGAUAAUGGAAACAACAAUCCACUUUCAUCAAAUGAAUUUGUAGAACUCUUUAAUGAUAUGAGAAAUAUAGUAAUUGCUUACAAAUCAACUUCACCAAUUAACAUGGCUCGUUCGGGUACUGUCAUUAAUAAUUCUAGCACUCAAUCAAAUGAUAAUUGCCCUGCUUGGGAUAUUGAAUCUCUGAAAAUCAAUCAAAAACAAGAUUACAAUUGUUGUUAUGGAAAAAUUGAACAAAUUAUUGAAAAGUUUAAAAUUGAAAAGAAUGUGAGAUUGAACACAAUUUCGAAAAAUCAAUUGCAAGAAAUCACACAAAACUUGAUCAUUCAAGCAAGAUUUUCCUAUCAAUUUUUAAAUCCACAACGGUUGCUGAAGAGUGUAUUGUUGGAAAAUAAGAAUACCAUCAGCUUUUUGAGAAUUAAAAUCGGUGUCAGGGUAAUGAACUCGGAUGAAAUUAAUGAUUAUGUUAAUAUGAUAUCUGAACUACCUGAAGAAGACAAAACUGAAGAACUUCAUCUUCUUUCAGCUAGAAUACCAUAUGCAGGAUUCGCAAUGGCAAUUAUUAUUGGUCCAUUCUACAUUGAAUGGAACAGAUUUGGUAUUGCAACAGUGAGAAAUAAGCACUAUAGCCAUGACGUUUUGUUUUUCGAUGCUAAAGUUGUUAAAGGAAACGAUGAAAUUACAACACUUUUGAGCAAGCUGUCAACUUGGGCUUGUUAUUGGAAUGGUCAAAAAGAUUUUGAUAUUUUACAUGCCAACUCUUACACAUUUUGUAAAACUAUUUUUGAGAAUAUUGAGUGUCUGAAUGAUUUCCCAUCCCACAUCAAAGAUUUGAUAGAACUAUUUAAAUUGGGAGGAGUUUGUGGAAAUACCAUCUAUUUGAAUUCACAACUUGAGAAAUGCAUUCAGCAACAUGGCAGUGAAUCUCUUCGUUCGAAACUUAUCCACAAACAACUGCAAGCAUCCAUAACAUUUACCAAUCAAAGAGUAUUCAACGAGUUUACAUCAAUUAUUCAGGAACAUCUUGAUUCUGAAUAUCUGGAGUACUAUAAGACGCUAAAGUAUCAAUUACAAAUGAUAGAACGAGGUUUUUGGUGUGAUAUGGAAAGAAAUGGAAGAGGAAUGGAAAAUGAACCACUCAUGGUUGACAAUCAAUGUAAAGCCAUGUUCAAUCCAAGUGGUCUUUUAGAAAAUGCCUUCCUUUCCACUGAUGAACACAAUAUUCACACAGAUUUCGAAUUUAGUAACUACUCUGUACCAUUACCUAAACUUUAA